GCGGCGGUCUCUUUCAGUCACUCUUAUCCUUUCCUUUUCUUUCGUUUCUUCGGUCGGUGGUGGUGUCUGUGGAAGUGCUCCGAGAGUGUGCGUGCUUGCGUGUGGUCAGAAUCUGUGGAAUGAUGCGGUGAAUUGUACUCGAAGAAAGCACCAGAGAUGAGUUCCAACGCCAUCCGGGGCAUCCGACGCAAGAAAUCGACGCUCUCCGAAGUGAAGAUAGCCGUACUGGGAGCGUCGGGCGUAGGAAAGAGCGCACUCGUCGUACGGUUCCUGACGAAGAGGUACAUAGGAGAAUAUGACCACCAAACAGAAAACAGGUACAAAAGCGAGAUGAUGGUGGAUGGCGAGCCUGUUCUAUUUGAAAUACUGGACACCUGCCCAAGGAGUGAGGACGAGCUUCCCCGGGACGAGAUCCUGCAGUGGGCGGAUGGCUUCAUGCUCGUCUACUCCAUCGUGGACCGGGCCAGCUUCCGUUAUCUGGGCCUUCUGCGACGCCACCUGAACAACACACUGCCGAACCUGCACAGGGCGGUCACGCUAUCCAACACGGGCGGUGGCCCUGCAGGUGCGGGGGGUGGUGGUGGCGCCCACCAGCCGCAGACGCAGCAGACACCGGUGCCGGCGCCAGUCUGCAUCGUGGCCAACAAGGCCGAUCUCAUCCACCUCAGGCAGGUGAGCACGGAGGAAGGCGAGAUCCUGGCCAAGGAUGCAGAUGAUGGUUUCGUCGAGCUCACGGCCUCCGAGCAGGUGCACCAGGUGGCGCAGGCGUUCGCCGACCUCUGCCGCGACGUCUACGCCCACAGGAGGCGCUCCAAGCAGUCGCUGCUCGACCGGGUCUUCUUCGCCGGUGCCAAGGGCAUCGCUGCAAAGGCAAACGACCCCGCUGGAGGGCGCAAGUGAAAAAAGACGUCACACUGUCGGCUCGGUCUCCACGUCUGUGGCAUUGUUCGUAUCGUUUUAUCGUAUCUCUGUAAGUCGGGAUACAUAGAUACUUAGAAGUUUUCUAACAAGAAUCAAAGAUAAGUGUUUUGUUGUGUUCGAGUCAGGAUAGAUUUCGGCAAGAUAGAAUUGCCCUUAAUCGCGAAAAUGGGCAAUCCGAAGCUUGCGGUUCGGGACUUGAACGUAGAAUUCGGAAAUGUAAAUUUCGCACGUGCUUGCAUUUCUAGAGUGAGGUAAUGGUAUCAUGGGCUGAAAGUUUUGUUGAGAGUUCAUAAUUCGAAGUUCCCAGACAAUGACCGAUAUUGCAGGCAGGGUCUACUAAAGUUACAGAGCAUACACAGAAUUUGAUCUACUGGUCAUGUACGUCGGCCAUUAAGCGAAAGAUGAGAAAUUUGCAAACCUUUCAAUUUUCGCUCAGUGAAGAGCAGCUCAUUAACUGGACUUCCUCAUGGUGUUGCUUGCGAGAAAAUUUGAAAUUGUUUUUACCACUGGUCAGCGUUUCUGUCAUGUGGAGGCUGACAAACAAAAGUCGUACUGAAUUUUAUUGGGUGGAUAUAAGACCGCACUUAGAUAAAUGGUUUUUUUAUUUGUUUGAGGAAUUUUACUAUUCAUGCACUCUGCACUUAACAAAGGUUUAUAUGUGUUUUAUUUAUUGUUGUGACUAUGAAACGGUUUUGUACAGAUAACAAGCGGGAUAAAAAACUCAUAGCUAUCCUUCGUUUUAAAAAUUUCACUUCAUUGAGGUUUAUCACCAUAUUGAACUGCAUGUCUUCGAGCAGAGUGCAGUAGGAAGCAGAGACACAGUAAGAAACUCUUUUAGUUCAUGUAAGUUGUUGCGUCUGGUGUCCUUGCCUCCUGCUCUGCUAUGCUCAAAGUCAGUCCCUGAAUAAGUCCUCAUUGGUACCCUUGUCGGCAUAUACAUUGAAGCUAUGCACAUGUGAUAUGCAAAAUAAGUAAAGCUGCGAGCAAUAUAAAACGAGAAGUAUGCAGCACUUGCACAUAUCUAAGGGUGCGAUACUAUGUGGUGAAGCAAUACACCACUUUUCAUUAUGAAUGCAAAGAGCUAAUCACAUUUUCUUCCCCAUAUUUAUGAAAUAUUGAAGCAGCGAAUGCCGUCAUCGUCAUUGGGAAUAUGAACACAGCAAUUAGCCGUCUUUGCAUGCCAGUUUUACCAGUCGUAAUAGAUUUCAGGAUACACAUUGCCAAGGGUGGGACGCACAUGAAAGGGUAAAGGGAAUGAUGGUGGAUCAAAUAUCAUAAGAUAAUCUGUAGAAGAUAAAUAUAAAGUUUUGAGGCAUAUUAGGCAUGCAUUAUGCUUAUCUGACAAGAAUCAUGAGCAUGUUUUUUUUAUAUGGACAAAAUAGCAAUGACAAGUACAAGGAAAUGAAAUCAAUCUAUUUAUUGGUUCCAACCACAAGAAUUCGUAGCAUAGAAGGUUCUCAGCUUUUAAUUAUUAUUAGCUUUCUGUUCUUAACAUUGUCACUGUUGUUGUGAUGACACUAAUUGUUGCAAACAAGCCAUUGACAGUCUUCUAUACCUCUGGAUAAUGGUGGGAAAAAGAUGUUAGUGCCAAGAAGUACUCGAGAAGUUCGAAUCUAACAGCGAGCAGCACAGCUGAAUAAUGCACUGUCAGCUAUACAAUCAGCAAUGUUUUGAUGCAUGUUACUUCAACGUCCCCGACAACGAAGGAAAGAAGCCGUGAGACAGACAUGGAGCUCGAUAUGUGCUUGCCACGAUAGCAGCGACAUUGUCUGGCAAUACACACUUCACUCAAUUUAUUUUCCGUAUUAAGAUGGCCACAGAUUUUAGGCGCUGACGUGCCACAAUCA